AUGUCAGCCACCAAACUUGUGCUAAAAUCGACGACUUCCACCAGUCUCAAUGAUCGCUUCUCAAAAAUCAUGCGAAGUCGUCCAACUGAAGAGCCAACCAGGCAGCUGUCUGGUGGUCGUACUGGUGCUGGAAUUGCCCCUGGAUCCGAGAGAAACCGCCGAUUUGCCGAAGAGCUCGAGCGUCGAUCAGCACCAGCUCGACGGCCCGUCGUUAACAGAAUCGGCGAUGUUGGCCAGGGGGGCGCUCGGGGAUUCUCCGCCUCGCUCAGACAAUCUGGUAUCAAUAAGCGAUCAGCCAUGGCUGGACGAGUGGGAAAGAGAAACUCAUCCGGCGGAGCUGGCAACUUGUCUGCCAGGCAAUCGGCAAAUCGGGCUUUGGCAAAGGCCACAUCAAUGCUUCGAGACACGGAGCGCGAGUUGAGCCAGCUCAAGCAUACCCAAGCAGCGCGGGGUCGAGGAGGCAAAAGAGGCGGUGCCACGAGAGGUGGCGCUACAAGAGGAGGCCGAGGAGGAGCUCGUGGUGGUGGACGAGGAGGCAAAACCACCCGAAAACCAGUUUCCGCUGAAGAUCUUGAUGCAGAGAUGGAUUCGUACAUGCUCAAGACUAAGGGCGGCCUCGACUCCCAACUGGAUGAAUACAUGAGCAAAACAAAGAAAGGACUGGAUGCACAAAUGGACGAAUACAUGAACCAAAAAAGCUCAUAA